AUGGAAGAUAUUGACUGGGAAGAUUUCCUUAAUGAAGACUUUGAUAAUUACAACUACAGCACUGACCUGCCCCCUAUUCUACCAGAUUCUGCCCCAUGCCGGCCAGAAUCCUUGGAUAUCAGUAAAUAUGCAGUGGUCACCAUCUAUGCCCUGGUGUUCCUGCUGAGCCUGCUGGGAAACUCCCUGGUGAUGCUGGUCAUCUUGUAUAGCCGCGUCAGCCGCUCUGUCACCGAUGUCUACCUUUUGAACCUGGCCAUGGCCGAUCUGCUCUUUGCUCUGACCUUGCCCAUCUGGGCCGCCUCCAAGGUGAAUGGCUGGAUUUUUGGCACACCCCUAUGCAAGCUGGUGUCCCUCCUGAAGGAAGUCAACUUCUACAGUGGUAUUCUCCUGCUGGCCUGCAUCAGUGUGGACCGCUACCUGGCCAUUGUCCAUGCCACACGCUUGCUCACCCUGAAGCGCCACUUGGUCAAGUUCGUAUGUCUGAGUACAUGGGCCCUGUCCCUGUGCUUGUCCCUCCCUAUCCUAAUUUUUCGUAAGGUCAUCUAUCCGCCCUUCUCCAGCCCCAUCUGCUAUGAGGACAUGGGCAACAGUACAUCAAAAUGGCGGAUGGUGCUGCGGAUCCUGCCCCAGACUUUCGGCUUUUUUCUGCCUCUGCUGGUCAUGCUGUUCUGCUAUGGAUUCACCCUGCAUGAAAUGAUUAAGUCCCGCAUGAGGCAGAGACAUCAGGCCAUGUGGGUCAUCUUUGUGGUCAUCCUCAUCUUCUUGCUCUGCUGGCUGCCCUACCACCUGGUCCUGCUUACAGACACCCUCAUGAGGACCCACGUGAUCGUGGACACCUGUGCUCGCCGCAACCACAUUGACCAGGCCCUGCAAGCCACCGAGAUUCUGGGGUUCUUGCACAGCUGCCUCAACCCUGUCAUCUAUGCCUUCAUAAGCCAAAAGUUUCACCAUAGACUCCUCAAGAUCCUGGCCACCCACGGCCUCAUCAGCAAGGAGCUCUUGCCGAAGAACAGCAAGCCUUCUUUUGUAGCCUGUUCCUCAUGGAACACUUCACUACAGUCUGAAACUCCUGCCUAG